UCUCUCUCUCCUCCUCUCUGUUAACAGAUCAGAGCCGGAGUGAGACCUCCCUCUCCUCCUCUCUCCUCCUCCUCUCUGUGCUCCUCCUCUCCGUUAGCCGCUCCGUCUCCUCCGCUAGCUCAGCCUGCCAGCGGCAGCCCGGUGACCAUGGCCCUGUCGCAGGCUCUGUCGGAGGAGGAGUUCCACCGGAUGCAGGCUCAGCUGUUGGAGUUAAGGACUCAGAACUAUCAGCUGUCUGAUGAUCUCAGGAAGAACUCUGCAGAACUGAACGCUGUCCGGCAGAAGAAUGUGGUUCUGGAAAGAGAUUUUAUCAAAGCACAGAAGGCUUUGAAUAAGAGCAAGAAAGCUCAGGAGGUCGAUGCUCUGCUGAGUGAGAACGAGAUGCUUCAGGGGAAACUCCACAGUCAGGAGGAAGACUUCAGACUACAGAACAGCACACUGAUGACUGAACUCUCCAAGCUGUGCACGCAGAUCGAGCAGCUGGAACAGGAGAACCAGGGCCUGAAGGAUGGAGGAGCCGCCGCUGCAACCAGCCCCCCAACCAACCCCACCUCCAGCCCUGUGGACGGAGAGCUGCUCCGCCUGCAGGCUGAAAACUCCACCCUGCAGAAGAAAAUGAAAGCCCUCCAGGAGUGCUACGACAGAGAGAUCCAGAGACAGGUGGUCGCCCAGGGCAACCAGAGCGCUACCACGGAGAUCGACGGCGGGUCAGCCGGUGCCAACGGAGUCUCUGAUGUCAAGGGAAGAAGGGAGGAGCCAGCAGCAGAAGGAGCCAAUGACAGACCGGAGCAGACGGAGGCUCAGCAGGAACACACAGGGAAACAGCUACAUGGCCUGUCAGAGAAGAGCGUAGAGAAGAUUGUAGCUAAGCAAUCAGCGAUAGGCUGGUCGGCUGCUCUCUGUCCAAUAACUCACUGCUUUGGACCAGAGCUGGAGAUGGCACUGAACACCGAGCAGGAGGAGAAGAGGCUGCUGAGGGAGCAGAUCCAUAACCUGGAGGCGUCCAAACAGGCUGAAAUCACCAAACUGCAGGAAGACAUCACCAAGCUGUCUGACAAGCUAAAGAAGAAACAGGAGAGUUUUCAGCGUCUGCAGGGAGAGAAAGAGGCUCUGUACAACGACAGCAGGACGAAGAUCGAUGAGAUCAACCAAAGGAAAGAGGAGGAGGUGAAGGCUUUGAACACCCGCAUCCAGAAACUGCAGUCAGACCUCACGGCAGCCAAUCAGGUGACGGCGGAGCUGAGAGAGCAGCUGCAGAGCAGGGAGAAGGAACAUGAACUGGCUGUGCACACUCUGAAGAACCAGGUAGCCAAUCAGAGUGCAGUCAGUCAGGAGCAGGUGGACAACAUCCUGCAGGAGAACGAUGCUCUGAGGACUAACCUAGCUGCUCUAGAACAGAUCCAGACGGUGAAGACGCAGGAGAUGAAUCUGUUGCGCGAGCAGCAGGAGGCGCUGACGGCCGAGCUGCAGCAGAGACGAGUUGAACAGGAGAGUCUGCUGGCUCAGAGAGACGACCUUGACUCCCAGCUGCAGGAGUCGAGUUUUGCCAACAGGAAGUUGUUGGAGCAGUUAACAGAAGAAGGACAAGAGAAAGAGAAACUGCUGAGAGAGCUGGACGAGGCCAAGAAGACAGCAGAGAAGAGGAAGGCCAUGUUGGAUGAUAUGGCCAUACAGCUGAACCAGGAGAAGUCUGACCACAAGGAGGCGCUGUCUGACCUCAAACUGCAGCACGAGAAGGAGGUCCUCGGGGUGAGGGCCCGCUAUGAGAAGGAGCUCCGAGGACUCCAUGAAGACAAGAAUCGCUCAGAGGAGGAGAUCCGACAGCAGCUCAGAGAUGAAAAGGCUCGGACCAAAGAGCUGGAGGGUGUCCUGCAGCGGGUGGAGGAGCUGCAGGCUCAGGUUCUGUCCAUGGAGGGAACCAAAGGAUGGUUCGAGAGACGACUGAAGGAGGCGGAGGAGAACAUAGAGAAGAAGACUCUGGAACAUCAGGAGGAGAUCAAACAGCUGCACAAAGAACACACACUGCAGCUGGAGGAGAAGCAGUCAGAGAUGGAGGGAGUGAAGCAGCAGCUGGUGGAGGUGGAGAAACAGAGGGACGAACACAACGACACCAUCGGAAAACUCAAACAGGAGAUCAAGGACACCGUGGACGGACAGAGGAUCUUAGAGAAGAAAGGAAGUGCAGCGCUGAAGGAUCUGAAGCGGCAGCUGCAACUGGAGAGGAAGCGAGCUGACAAACUCCAGGAGAGACUGCAGGAGAUCCUGACCAACAGCAAGACCAGGACAGGUCUGGAGGAGCUGGUUCUGUCCGAGAUCAACAGUCCCAGUCGGACUCAGCAGACCGGAGACUCGUCCUCCGUCUCCUCCUUCUCCUACAGGGACAUGAUGAAGGAGCCACAGCCGACCAAUCAGAACAAGUCCGGAGGCGGCAGCCCUCAGUCUCAGCGUCCGGCUGAACUAUCUGACGACGAGGUGGGAGAGUUGUUCCAGCGACUCGCCGAGGUUCAGCAGGAGAAAUGGAUGCUGGAGGAGAAGGUGAAACAUCUGGAGGUGAGCUGUUCGUCGAUGGCUGAAGAUAUCUGCAGGAAGAGCGCCAUCAUAGAGACCUACGUGAUGGACAGCCGCAUAGACGUGUCGGGCAGCGCGGUCGGAGGUCAUGGAGGUCACGGAGGUCACGGAGGUCACGGAGGCUCUCAGGGGGACCGAGGAGGUCUGGGUUCGGUCCUCAGAGAUCUGGUGAAACCAGGAGACGAGAACCUGAGAGAGAUGAACAAGAAGCUGCAGAACAUGUUGGAGGAACAGCUGACGAAGAACAUGCACCUGCAGAAGGAUUUGGAGCUUUUGUCCCAGGAAUUAGUCCGUCUCAGUAAAGAGAGUCCUGGUGGCAGUGCAGUCGGGUCGGGAUGAGACUAUCGCCUGGAUCCGUCCGUCCAUUCCCUUCCUUCUAUUGUUCGCCUCAGCUAGAAGGUGUGGGCUCAGACUAACACCUGAAACCAACAUUUCUUCCUUCCCUCCAUUCCCUGCAUUCAUGAACCUUAAAGACCUGCUGUGGGCUAUGACUACUAUCUGGAGCCAUUAUGAUUUCACUGCCUCAGUCCUGCCUGCUGGGCUACGACUAAAUGAUGGAAUCAGUUGUUUCUCAAUGACGAGACGAGGGAAUGGAUAAAAUUGUGCUCAGCUCAUUUAUGUUGCUGUUGAAUGUACUGUAAUUAGACUGCACCACUCAGUUCCUCUGAGUCCUGGCUACGACCUGGAACACACAUUGUAACAGGCUGUAAAUCUUUGACUGUGUCUCUCCGCUGGGUCCUGGCUAUGUCCUGGAACACAGCAUGCCUGUUAUGUUAUUGAUUCCUGUGUGCAGUAACUCUGUUGUGAUCUGGCUAUUUCCUGGGCUUCCCGUCUGCAACGUAACCACACACUGACUGGGGUCUGUCUAUGACCUGGAUCGUUUGAGAUCUGUAACUGACUGUAAUGAAGUUCUUCAUCACGUCGACAGGCUUGUUUUUCUACCCGAGCUUUCAGCCACAUUCAGGUAGAGUUUGCUCCGUUGUCACGGAGAUUGUGGAGUUUGUUUCUUGUCAUGUGAUCAUUAAACCAUCUCCAUGACAACUGAGCAAAGAUCAGCUGUUGGUGAAGAGAUGUGGCAGAAAGCUCCAGGAAAAAGAAGUAAGUGGACUUCCACUAAAACACUCAUCAUGUCAACACCAGGUGUUAGUCACAUCCAACAAACAUGGUCGCCACAUAUUCCCAUUUCAUUAUAUUAUAAUUCUAAAGUCUCUUUCUUCCUAAACAAUCUGAUUAAAGUCCGACUUUCUUUAAAGGUUAGAAACAGUUCAGUGGCUCUACAGCACCAAACAUCUCCACCAGACUCCAUUCAUAAAACCACUGAUUCUACCUGAUAAAAACAGACUUCAAACUGUCACCAACUCUGGUUUGGAGGAAAUAAAUCUUUAAUUCACCGACGAUGUUAACGUACGUCCACUGACAGACUCAGGUUGUUAUUGUCAGUGUCUGACAGCAUUAUGGAAAGGAUCCCUACAGAGAUAGACCUUUAGUUUAACCACAAACAGCCGUAAUAUCACUAUCACUCUCCACCAGACUCCAGAGACAGAAACACUCAUUUUACCUUCAGAUCAUAGUAACUUCAUUAAAGUGGACAGAAACAGAAUAAAAUAAAUUCUUCGUCCGGCUGAAAAUGAAACGUUGCUUUCAUCUUUGACUGAAACGGUCUGAUGAAGUCGGCCAUGGCUACGUCAUGGAGCACAAACAUACUGCACUCGUGUGUUAACAGAUGUAUGAUUUCCUUUUAUAAUUGGGCCGUGGUUAUUUCCUGGAUUUAUUUUGCUGCGAUGUGAAACUGCGUCUGUAUUUUAUUUGUCACUGUUCACACUCUGGGAUGUAAAAUGGACCCCAGGCUAUUUGCUGGAUUUUAAAGUCAUAGUCCUCCUCCGUAUGUUGUUAUUUGAGAGUUUAUUAAAAAGAAAACUUUAUUUAGAGAUUUAAAAAUAAAACUGCAUGAAACACAAAGUUGAGUAUUUGAAGAAACGGCUGAACAUUGAGUUACUGAUCCUUUUAAAAUAAGUUCUCCUUCAUUUCAGGUUCCUGUGGUUCAACCUGGGAACUGACUAACGUCUGUGUGUCUUUGUUUAAACUAAAGCAGCUUUAGCUCCAGGGCCGUGUCUAUAUCUUGGAUCACGUGAACUGUAAUCUGUCUUGCACUAUUACAUUUUGUUGUGACUGAUUUGGAUCCCGACUGGAGGACAGUUUCCAUUGUUCUGUUGGGCCGGGUCUACUUCCUGCUUGAAGCAGCAUAUCUUAUUAUUUCAACUGUAUCUUUAAAUCUGGAAAAAGAAACGGAAAUGAAAUCAAUCACUUCCUGUUUGCUCUGCCUUUGUUUCUUCUCUUGGACUCUGACUACGUCCUGGAUGGAAGGUCUGACCGGGCUCUGACUAUAUCCUGGACAUUCUGCCUGUAUAUUCCUGCUUUAUUUCUGUUAGAGAGAGAGAGAGAGAGAGGGUGCAGCUUCAUUCACUACAAACACUGAGGACAUUAUUGAUCGAUUGAUUAUUGAACGACACGUAAACAUGAUCAGAAACAUUACCUACAGAGUUAAAAGGAGCCGGUCGAGCUGCACUGAAGACUCUCUCUCUCUCUCUCUCUCGCUGCCUCUCCAGGUGAGAGUCUGCACCAGACUGACCGAGCGGGAUCGGUCUAUGUGCUGGGCAGCGACUCUGCCUGUUGCUUUGUUUUUGUUUGUUUGGACGUGUAUAUACGCUGUGAUAUGACUAAUAACUGUAUGAAGAAUCAACGGAUCUAUUUAUGAGACUGAUGAUGAUCACGACGCUAAUUAUUGUAACGAUGAAAAAAUAUAAAAUAUUGUCUGGAGACGA